AUGCGUCUUGCAGAGGCAGUCCUACUCUGUGCCGGUGUUGGCCUUGCUGCUACCCUGAAUGUUGGUCCGAACUAUCAAUAUCCCCUCGAAGAUUUGGACAAAGAUCUGCCGUUCUCCCAGCCUGUGACAUUUGCGCACUUGGAAUGGCAACGUUGUUUAGCGGAGACACAUAAUAAGCCUCUAGAUAUCGCCGUACUAGGCUUUCCUUAUGACACCUCCACUUCCUACCGCCCAGGGGCUCGGUUCGGCCCCAGAGGCAUUCGUGCUGGGUCGUCAAGGGAGAAGAAAGGGCGAAGCUACAACACCGUGUGGGAGGUUGAUCCCUACGAACAGGGUCUAGAGAUUAUUGACUGCGGAGACGUGCCUGUUACACCAUUUGACGCCAGUCACGCUUUCAAGCAGAUGGAACAAGCAUACCGACAGAUUCUUUACCAUCGCACCAGCGAUCAGAACGAUUGGGAGCACCCCCGCAUCAUCAGUCUCGGAGGCGACCACUCAAUAGUAUUGCCAAUUCUUCGCAGUCUGAAGACCGUUUAUGGCCCCAUCUCUGUCAUCCAUCUCGAUUCACAUCUUGAUACAUGGGAUCCUUAUGAGGGCUACACUGGGAUCGUUUCAAAUCAGUCGGCCAUUACCCAUGGGACGUUUUUCUGGCAUGCGAGCCGAGAGGGCUGCAUCAGCAAGGGCACCAGUGUUCACGGUGGCCUGAGGACCAAGCUUUUUAGCCCAAAAGACUACGAGAUCGACAGAGACGUCGUCGGAUUCACAAUAAUAGAAGCACACGAAAUCGACGAUAUCGGCAUGAGCGGCAUCAUCAAAAAAGUCAGAGAUGCAGUCGGCAACACGCCAGUGUAUCUCUCUAUCGAUAUCGAUGUUCUAGAUCCAAGCAUUGCUCCAGCUACUGGGACGCCAGAGUCGGGCGGCUGGACCACGAGAGAGCUGAAGAGAUUCCUCAAGGGUCUUGAAGGGCUCAACCUAGUCGGUGCUGAUGUUGUUGAAGUCAGCCCGCCAUAUGACUCUGUGGCCGAGACAACAUCCGUCGCUGCCGCUGACUUGAUUGUCGAUAUCCUGGCUGGCAUGACGAAGAAGAAGACUUUUGAUCCGUCCAGAAGCGAGAAAGACGAGUUGUAA